AUGGAUUUACUAAAUGUACUUGAGCUCUUUUUUUAUCUCAUAUUUCUUGAGGAAGAGCCAAAAAGAGAUUUCGAAUGCGGCAAAGUAAACGUGGAGCCGGCUUCAUGGACUUUUGGCCCAAGAAAUUUGAAGAUCAAACAAGGGGAAGAUGCCAAAGAUUUAAGCUAUCCAUAUUUUGUUCGCGUUGAACAUGUGGACGAUGACACCAACGAAUUGACAAACUGCGGCGGUUCCUAUAUCGCGCCGGGAUGGGUGUUGACUGCGGCAAGUUGUGUCCGAAAAAACGUUCAAUGGUACUACUACUUGAAAUACAGAUAUGUGAGAGACAACAAGUUUGAGGUACAAGGCCCGCAACAAAUAGCUCGCGUUUGGAAUGACGGUGAUGUGGCUCUCUUGAAGCUUGAUUCUGAUAUUAAUACCGAUGAUGAUCUUGGAAAGCGAGUGUGUCUCCGGGCAAGGCCGUUGAUGAUGAAGCAACCGAUGAUCGCGUUUGGAAUGGGCGAUGGAGAAAGAACCCAAGUGCAAGAGGCUGUUUUGCGUGUCGACUGUCUUGAUGAUGAAGAGACAUUCUGUGGUCGCGGAAAAGCCACGACUAGGGGUGAUUCCGGUGGUCCCCUUGUGGCAAAAUUUGGUGAUCUUUGGUAUCAAGUGGGAAUCAUCAGCGAUUCCUCGACCCUCGCUUACACAAAAGCGACUCCGAUCACCCGAAAACUUUGUGAUUGGCUGAAUAAAGAGACGGAGACGACGAUUUGU